AGGUCACCAACUACAAGGUUGCCAACUGGCACCAUGAACCCCGGUGGAUGUUCCGGAACAGGCCGUGAUUUCGAUCGUGAAACGCACCAAGCAGUUGGUCGAGGAGGUCGCUUUUCCGACGUGUUUCUGCUGGCGUUGGCCAGUAGCUUCCAGAAGUUCUUCGAUGCGAAGGGGGAACCGGCGCCGGAGCAGGGUAUCUCCGUUAUCGUCCCGGGACGCGCAGGAAGUGAAGCAAAAUCCCUGAAAAUCAAGAAUCGCUUCACGACUCGCCAUCAGCAACUGAAAAUUGGCAGAGGAGUUCAGCUAGACAACCCGGAUAAGCUGUCGAAGCUCCGUCAGCAGCUAUCGAUCAUUGCGCAAGGUUCAACCUGCACCAGGUCGAACGCAUCACACACUGUCACAUCCUGGUUCAUCUCAACCCUGACCGGAAUGCUUCCGGUGCCCAUGCUUCGACUAGUCGUGCACAGCUUCCGGGUGAACGUCGUCUUCUCCAUCCUGCCGGAGAUCGAGCAAGUCUCCUUCCAGGGUCUCCGGAUGGUCGAUCCAGUUCUUCUACUCCCCAACACCGGAAACAUUUCGGUCUGCCUCGCGGUGUUAACGUUCGGCAACAAGGUGCACGUGGGAAUCCUCGCCGACCGGACGAUCGUUUCGUCCGAGGAGGAAGCUCACCUGAUCGUCGAGGAAGUGGUGGCCGAAAUUCAGCGCAUGGGAAAGGUGCUGGACGAAGAGCAGAAGAUGACCUCGAUAUCGUUCGAGAACGAGUAGGACUGGAGCUGUGAACCUGAUUA